UUUUUUUUUUUUUUCUGAUUCCCUUCCCUGCAACCGCUUUAUUCGCUGCGCGUCCUCUGUUCUUUAUUCCAUUGUCCUCUUUUUAGCCAUCAUCACAGAAAUGCUGAAGCGAAGGCAAGAAGAAGCAGAGGAAGAAGGUGCCCUGAGCCUCAUGGCCAGGAGCUCAUCUGCAAAAGAGGAUGGUGGCGGCUGCCGAGCAGGCGAUGAAGGAAUAAAGAAGGGUAAUACAUCAGAAGUAGAUGGACACCCUUAUGACUUCCAUGUCUCCGGUCCCCGCAACCUUUCCUCUCCGAAUUGGAAGGAUCUUAUACGCUCAAGCUGGAGGGAUCCCAAUUACAAAAGAAUGGUGAUUGCCUGUCUCAUCCAAGCAGUAUACUUGCUCGAGCUCGAUCGACAGGAAAAGCGUACCGAAGAGAACGGCCUUGCCCCGAAAUGGUGGAAGCCCUUCAUGUACAAGGUAACACAAACACUAAUAGAUGACAGAGACGGAUCCAUCUAUGGCGCCAUUCUAGAAUGGGAUCGUUACGCGGCUUUAUCGGGCUUCAUAGUGGUGCGACCCAGUGGCGCCCCAAGAGCUGUGCUCGCUCUCAGGGGAACCAUUCUUAAGAGCCCAACACUUCGAAGAGACUUGGAAGACGAUCUUCGUUUCCUCGCUUGGGAAAGCCUCAAGGGUUCAGUCAGAUUCUCUGGAGCUCUCGCAGCACUGAAAUCAGCAGUUGAUCGGUUUCGGAGCAGCAACGUAUGCAUCGGGGGGCAUUCAUUGGGUGCUGGAUUUGCUCUCCAGGUAGGCAAGGCAUUGGCAAAAGAGGGAGUUUUUGUGGAGUGCCAUUUGUUUAACCCUCCUUCUGUUUCACUUGCGAUGAGUCUGAAGAGAAUUGGAGAGAUGGCUGGGUCUCUUUGGAGCAGAGUCAGGGCGGUGCUGCCCUCGCGAGACAGUAAAGUUGUGCUCACAGAGAAGAAUGCGGAGGCUGGACCUGUGAAGAUUCAGUGCACUGAGAUCAGCAAGUGGGUGCCUCAUUUGUAUGUGAACAACAGUGACUAUAUUUGCUGCUACUAUAGCGAUCCUUCUGUGGCUGUGGUUACUGGAGAUGGUGGUGGUAUGGGCAAGGGGAAAGUUGAUGGAGGGGCUGCAGCCAUAGCAAAGCUGUUUGUAAUGUCGAAUGGACCAAAGAAGUUCCUUGAAGCUCAUGGUUUGCAGCAAUGGUGGUCUGAUGACAUGGAGCUUAAGCUAGCUCUUAACCACAGCAACCUCAUCAAUAGGCAGCUGAGGUCCUUAUAUACUGUUUCUUGAACUCAUGGUCUGCAGCAAUGGUGGUCUGAUGACAUGGAGCUUAAGCUAGCUCUUAAUCCCAGCAACCUUUUCCAUGAGCAGCUGAGGUCCUUGUAUACUGUUCCAGUUGCAGCAGUGAAGAUGUGUAAGGGAUGAUUUUCUGGUUGUUAACUCUGUUCAUUUCUGCUGAAAUCGAUUCCAAGAUUGGUUCAGUAAGUGUUGUUGAAUCAACGUGGAUGUUAGAUAAGUUGAAUUCUUUUUGAAUUGAUGGCUGCAGCUUUUCUGAUGUUUGAAGUAGCCUUUCAGCUCCACAGAAAGAAAUUCGUCAAGUAAAUUUGCUAUUAGUAAUUCGAUGAGUGCUCGUUUAGGUUAGUUUAAUGUUUAUAUUAUUAUGCUGCUUAUGUCUUUAUUUCUUGUCUUAUGACCUUAUCACUGAAUAGUUUCUCCUUUUUUUGCACAUAAUUUACUCUUGAAAUGGCCAAUGUAUCUGAAACUUGGGCCAAUAACUCCGGAAAAACUUUGAUGAAUUUCAUCAGAUGAUACGGUUGAAGAUUUGAGCAAUGCCUUUAUGGCCAUAAAAUCAAAAAAUUUAAAGCAUUUGUAUGGACGGAAUUUGUACAUCAACAGCACUUUUUUUAUGACAAAUAUCAAAGAGAUGACCACUUAAUCAAAGCUACACCAACUGAAACUU